GAUUAUGGCACUAUCCAGGUAUCCAAUUGUAAAAUCUACCCAUCACCUCCUUCCGUCUCCAGAGGGAGAGAUUGCACCUGCCAUCUCCAUGACUGUCAACUUCACAGGGAAACUGAUUGAUUUUGUUGUCGCCCACUUCGGAAAUGAAGAAGAGGACUUGGACAGAAAACUCCAGGCUAUAGCUGUUUCAAACCUAUUGAAGACUAGCUCUAAGCAAGUUGUAUUUCUAGGAUACAUCACUUCAGCUCCUGGAUCCAGAGAUUAUACUGAAUUAAUAGAAAAUGGAAAUGUCCAGGAUAUUGACAGUACAGAUCAUGACAGAUGGUGUAGCUAUAUUAUGUAUCGUGGAGUAAUAAGGUUGGGCUAUGCCCGCAUAUCUCAUGCUGGUUUAAGUGAUUCAGAAGUCCAGAUGGCCAAAUUUAGGAUCCCAGAUCACUUGGAUAGCUAUGUUGACAAUGACAGAAUUGUCACCGAUCCCAGCCAAGUUCCUGAGGAUAUCCAUUUCAAUCCCAGGUUUGGAUCUUAUAAAGAUGGACAUAAUUAUGAGCAUAUUCAUCACUUUCAUAUGAGCACUCCUAAAUAUUUUAAACAGACAAAUUAGAAUGAGAAAAUAACGUGUCAUUCGGAUCAACAAGAAAGGUUUUUUGCUUGAAACUGAAUUGGCAGCCCAAAAGACUACAUUGUUUAAGGAUGAGCAACUCCCAUGUUGCAUAACACUCUGAAUGUCUGUGUAAUAGUUAGUGACUCUUCUUUAAUGAGCUGUCAUCGCUGUGAGAGAGGGAAGACGUAUGCAUUUUGAUAAACUGGUACCUACCUGGGCCAGAUACCUGCUUU